CAACAAGAGUUCUCGCUGCAGAAAAUCAUGACAUCCCCAAGGCAUUUCGACAUUGUUCUUCUGGGCGCAACGGGAUAUACGGGGAAGCUUUGCGCUGAGCAUAUUGUGCAGAAUCUUCCCACAAACUUGACAUGGGCAAUUGCUGGACGGUGUGUGGAGAAACUCAGCGUGCUUGGGGAGCAAUUGCGAAAACUUGAUCCCGAGCGCAAAGAACCGGAGAUCGUGGAUUUGCAACUACGGCCUGUAGAGCUAGAUUCACUUGCUAAACGGACUAAAGUGAUUCUCAACUGUGUCGGGCCGUACCAUCUGUACUCGACGCCAGUUGUGGAAGCUUGUGCCAACAAUGGUACUCAUUAUCUUGAUGUGACCGGCGAGAUGCCGUGGGUUAAAGAGAUGAUCGGGAAAUACCACGAGAAGGCUAAGGAGACAGGUGCAAUAAUAAUAUCAGCAGACGGAUUGGAAUGCGCCCCCACAGAUCUACUAACCUGGGCGCUGGUCAAAUAUGUCAGUGACAAAUUCUCUGUCCACACCAAGGAAGUCAUUAGUUCUAUUUAUAAGCUGAAAACCGCAGGCGUGAGUGGCGGAACCUUCUCAACCGUCAUAGGACUGGUUGACAAAGUGCCCCUGAAGGAAUUAUACAAGGCACAGAACCCUUAUUACCUAUCCGCCAGCCAACACAAAAGAAAAUAUUCGUCCCCUUUUCUUCAACGAGUACUUGGUGUCCGCGUCGUGCCUGAGCUAGGCACGAUGACCAGCUACAUCACCGGCCAUUGCGACGUCGCCGUCGUUCACCGUAGCAGCUCCCUAAUGCCCGAGCUGUACGGACCGCACUUCCACUUCGAAUCUUUUGUGGCCGUUCGCAAUGCCCUGGUCGGAAUCAUCUUGCACAUUUCAACCAUAUUUGGAGUGCUGGCGCUCACAUUACCACCUGUGCGUUGGCUGGUGAGGAAACUCAUCUACGCACCAGGCGAAGGGCCGGAAAAGCGGAGAACUACAGGGAACAGAAUUGAGUAUCGAGCGAUCGCAACGGCCGAAGAGAGGUCUGCUGAAGGGAAACCUAUCAAAGUACUUGGGACGUACAAGGCAAAUUGCGAUGCUUAUGGAAUGACGGGAGUGUUGCUUGCGGAGUCGGCUAUGGUUUUGUUGACGAGUGAGAGGAUGUCACAGGAAAUUAAAGGUGGGUAUCUGACACCUGCGAUGCUAGGGCAGGAGUAUAUUGAUCGCUUGGAUAAGGUUGGAAUUACGAUUCAGAUGAAUGUUUUGGAGGCGUAAAAGUGGGUUGCUUAUUUGUAUGACAUUUUCGUUUAUCUACUUUACGAUAGAUGCAUAUAUAUAUGCUGUUAAUUGAUUAAUGUGAUGCCCGG